CAGCUCCUGUCCCCGCCCCGGCAGCCCGGCCAGCGGGCGGCGCUGCGGGGAGGCACCGUGCGGCCAUGGCGGAACGGAGGAGCGGCGCGGCGGAGGCCCUAGCCCGCCUGUCCGAGUGGGCAGACGCGCACCUCGGCCUGCUGAGGAGCCUGAGCACUGGGAUGGCGGUGGCCGGGGUGCUGGUGCUGGCCCGGAGCGUGCGUAUGACAACAAAGUUUUCAAGGGCUUUGGAUAUACCUGUGGAGUUUGUAGAAAAGAAUGUGAAAUUGAGGGGGAAAUUACAUUGCAUAACGGAGAAAGGCCUGGAAGUUGAACACAUUCCCAUUAGCAUUCCUUUUAUUACAGCAGUACAGAGAAAAUGGCAAUCAAAAGGUCUUCUACUGGUAAGACUUGCUGGAGUGGAGUUGGCACCAAGUGGCAUGGUCUGGUUACAGCAAGAGUUAAAACCCCAGCAGAUGAUAUGGUUCCAACUUCUGGGAAGAGAGGACUUGGCACUAGAGUGCCUAGUUUUAGUAAAUAAGGGUCGAUUUCUCAGCAUGUGUUUAAAUGAAGAGAUCUUGAGACAGGGGCUUGGCAGAACGGCGCAUAUUAAAGGACUGCAUCACGAUUCCCGCCUGUACUGGAAACUUCACAAAAGACUCCUUCGAGCAGAGUUAAAGGCCUUGAAGAAAAAUAAAGGAAUAUGGCAAGAAGAAAGUUACUCUGAAAGAAUUAGAGAUCGUAUAAGUAAGAAUAAAUUUGUAAAAACAUUGAAACAAUUUGUGAGCUGGUUAAGACGCUCUGUUUAAAUAAAAAGGGGCUACCUGUGUUAUGUGCUUGAUGUAUAGUGUAAGUUUAUGGUAAAAACCAGUGCCAUAAUUUUGAGGGUCCCUGUCUUGAACAGAAAACUCACUUAAUGCCAUUUUAUAACCCAUGUGGGAUUGAAAUUUAGUAGUAGUAUGCAGUUCUGAAGCUGAACUUUGCUACAGCAAUGUCCUAAAUUAGUUGCUCAGUUUUCCACCUGCUAAAUAACCUGUACAUCUCUCUUAAUCAACUGGUGAAAGCAAUCAACAACCCAGUUUUUAAGAGGUGCAGAGUGUUUGUUCACAGUUUAUUGCCUUAAAUGCUUCUCUGCUACAUGUCAUUGCUACAUAGCCAUCACUGGUUAGAAAACUUUUCAUAUCUUUACAAAGCUUGUGGUAUUUACACACAAGCAUUUUGUCUGAAUUCUGUUCUUACACUACUUUUGUGUAUCAUUUGUGUUUUAAAAAGUCUUUCAUCUUGAAUAAUGGGUUGCACUGUUCCUGAUAUUAAAGGUAAUUUGUUACAGCUGAUCCUAAACAUCUGAUAAGGUCAUAACAACUAAAAUGUCUUGGGAAAAAAAAAAUCACUUGGUAUAUCAAGGAAUAUAAAUUAAUAUGCCAGUAGUCCAAAGAGAAGGCAACAUUCACUUGAAGAGGAAAAACAUAUGCUGUUUUUUCUGAUGGUUCCAUAAAUAUCUAAAAUCAGAUGCAAAUGUAAGUUUAACAUGAAGUUUGAAAAGAUGGACCAUACUGUGCUAAGAACUUAUUAAAUUCUUAUUUUAUAUGGAAAUGCAUCUUAAGUAUAUGAGAGUGUCUUACUUUUUUGUAAAUAUUCUCAGAAUAAAAACUGAAUUCUUAUGUUCAUUGUUACAUGUUUUAUAUAUCAAGCACUUGACCUUUGUUUAACCUCCCACAGUCCCAAUAUUUAUUUAAAGUGAAGUGUUUUACAGAUUUUCUUUCUUUCUGUGUGAUUCCUUGCAAUGAAAUACUAGGGAGAAGAGCGUGGUAUAAAAAAUUUUGAUAGCUGAGCAUUGCUUGUCUGACAAGUAGUUGUUAUGUCAUCAUUUUUUCUGCUUAGGGCAAAAUUGUGAAUCCUGAGAUCCUAAAGUGAGAAUAGAUGUUAGUGCUUCUUUACUGCUUUAGUUCCUGGAUCCUCUGAGGGCUGAGAUUAGUGUUUGCAAAGCACAGUGAGCAGCUGGCAGUGAAGAACCUGCAGCACAGACCUCUGUGUAAGAAACCAGUGUGGGGGAGAGGGGAAACAGGCCUGAAGCAGGCCUCGACAGGAGCUGGAAAUUGGGUAUCUGUGCCUGCUAAAAGUGAGGCACCUGGUUUUAUGCAUUAUACAGUGAAGGGCUGGGCCAACCACUGCUGUGGUUUAGACAUAACUCCUUUCUUUGGAGAAUGCCACAGGGAUUCAGGAUCAGCUGUAGCAUCCUCUGAAGCAAAACUCAAAGGUGACUUUGAACCCCAAACUACAAAUUCAAUCUAAGCAUUAAUCCACUUCCCACAGGGAAUUAUAGGUGUUCCAGUUCCUGCACCUAGUAUGUAGAAAGUGCUUUUCCAAAGUGGGUAUAAUUAUACUGUUACGUAUUUUUUUUCUGUAAUAAACAUAAUUCUACGUGCACUUUCCACUCUCUUUUGUUAAUGAGUCAUAAAAGGAUUGGUCACAAAAAUCCACUGUAAAGCUGAGAGCAAAAUCUCAGGAAGCUGCAUGCAAGCAGAGGUGAAUUGUGAGUGAAUGUGAAGCAAGUUUGUUCCCUCACAGUCCUGACUCUUAUCCAUUUUUACCCUUGAUGAAUUCAGAAUGGAUUUGUCUAAAUUACAGUGAAUUGCUGUAUCAUUUCUGGUAGGUUGUGGCUUAUGAAGGGUUUUUAAAAGGUGGCAAUAGGGCUGCUUCAUCACUUCUGUCAAGGAAGGCCCCCCCCCCCCCUUGGUCUGAAAUAAAUUUUAAAGUUCCCUCUAUUGGUAGUAAAAUAAUCUAACAAAUAAUUUUAGAAGGAACUAUGGAGAGGGAUAUCCAAAUAUUUGGAUUCAGCCCUCUAAUAUCUUUUCAUGUUUGUUGCACAAGGCAAGAGGUUUUGGUGAUGUGCUCUUACUACAGUUCUUGGUCAGAAUACAAAUACAGGGAGCUGGUUUUGUAUACAGGAUCAGCACUGUGGUGGACAACACUAAUCUCACAGAGAGUAACCAAGUGGAUUUGUGAUUGCAGGGACAAAUGAUUUUGGGAGAGUCAAGUCCUGUAAUUGUUUGUUAAUGCUGUUUUCCUUAUCAUCCAGGGCUUAUCUGUUUAAUAAAAACAAACAACAACACACCCUACCCCCUCAAAAUAAGCACAAUUGGGUUCAAAGCUGUGCUUUCCAUCUAUGCAAGGCUUGAGAGGUUGCAGAUCUUGUCUCAGUGGGAGGCCUGUCUAUUGAAAAAGCAGUAACAGGAGUAGAAACAAACAGCUCUGCAGAGUCGAGGAGCUGACUGGGAGGUGGGGGAGAAGCAGCACGUUUCUGUAUUAUAUAAAACCACCCCAUGCUCCCCCUGAGGAGCACAGUCCUGUUCCUUUAGCUACAGCAGCAAUGCACAUCAAAAUAUUUCCAAGCAGAGGAUGCGGUUCUUGUGUGAUUAGCAGCAAGGACAAGAAUUAAACUCUGUGCUCUUGUGCCUUUUCCCCUGCAACUCUGAAUAUGCCAUGAGCAAUACAACAUCUUCAAAAGAUCAUAGGGAGUGAAAGGCCUCCAAAUGGCCCACUAAGAAAAAUAUCUUCAGUGUUGCACAGGCUUUUUAUUGCUGGUGCAGCAUGCAU